GUUGUUUAAAACUGUAGCGCCGAACGUACCACAUUUAAUGAACGCUUAUCUAACCUUUACAUUAUUGCAGUCUAUAAGAUGGCAAAUGAUAGAGAAUUGAUAGACUUUCAACUACAAUUAAUGGAAUUAGGCCUUAAUUUUAUGGAAGUACUUGAAUAUAUGAGAAGAAGAAGAAAAUAUAUAUAAAUGAUAUGUAUUAAUCAUCCCAAAAGCUUUUUUUACAUUAGCAUACUCAUCAAUAAGCAAUAUUCAUGAGAAUUUGAAAAGUAAAUUGUAGACCUGACAUUUGAACAUUAAAUGUGGUACGUUUUAAACAACAGUUACUUUUGCUCACUACCGGUAGUGUUGGUACUAAAUAAUCGAACUAGAUAUUUUUAGUGAUGUUACUAGAGUUGCGAUUCGCGUCCGUAUCCGUCCGCAUCCGUACGUAUCUAUGGGACCGGGGCCUUAACGCGCGGCGGCAACGGAUCUACCCGUUCCGGCAAAUCAAAACCUGCGACAAAUUAUGCGCACGAUCACCUAACUCUCGACAGCGAGCAGCACUUCACCGAGUUAUCCAAAUCCUAAAUUCUCUUACGCUUAAGUUAGUCGAAGAAUGGCGAUUAGUCAACGCGAUUCAGUUGGGAGUACUUUGUUCACACGGCGACGGAUCCACACACAUCACAGCGGAAUCAAUAUAACACCACGAAUUACGCUCGGGUUUUGUCGUGCUAGUUUAGACUGUAACACUGCUGGACUUAAGUCACCCACGCUGCGGCUUAAGAGACAUUUGUUUUGCGAAUACGAUGUUUCGGUAAGGCCAGUUACGGAAAAUAAUAAGGCUGUGAAUGUCAGUGUCAUGAUUGCACCAAAGUUCAUGGGCUUCGUAAGUGUAUUUUUAAUUUCUUUCAGUAUUAAGAUGAUUGCAAAUUUAAUAGCUAACGUUCUUGUAUGCAGUAAUGAGAUUUCAGCGAUUAAUAUUAUUUAUGCCUUAUUAUUGCAGGUCGAAAGAAGUAGUACUUUCAUCAUUCAUACAUGGGUGUUCAUUAACUGGAAAGAUGAACAUUUAACUUGGAAGCCUGAAGAUUUUGAUGGUGUAAACCAGAUCAAAGUGAAAAGUGAUGAAAUCUGGGUUCCAGAUUUUUCGGUUUACAACUCAGGAGAUUUAGAACGUUCGCAGACAGGAGUACCGAAUACCAUGUGCCUAUUGUUCAGUACUGGUACUAUUUCGUGUGUGCCAACAAUGAGGUAUACCACUCAGUGUGAUACUGAUUACACAUACUGGCCUUACGACAAACAGAAAUGCAGCAUUCGUAUGGGCUCCUGGACGCAUACCGGCGAAGAAAUUAGUCUCAAUUUUCGCAAAAAAGGAAUAAGCAUGAAAGGUUUCACGGGGCACAAGCAGUGGUUGGUUACAAAUUAUACAUCGAAAAAGUACAGCCCAACAUUUAAUUGCUGCCCAAAUGACACAUUUCCUACAUUGAUUGCUAAUUUUUACCUUCAGAGACAUUCGCCAAUGAUGCAUGCAGUUUACAUUACUCCAGCUGUUGUCUUGAUGGUAAUUACGUUGACAGUGCUCUGGUUGGAUUCAAGAUCCAUCGAAAGAAUCUCACUUGCUUCAAUCAACUUUGUCUGCCAUAUAUUGUGCCUCUAUGAUCUUCAUUGGAUGUUACCAUCGAACGGAAUCUCACCUCCAAACAUAUUAUUGUUCUACCGGGAUUCCAUGGUGUUGGCUACUUUUGCAAUGAUAGUGACGGCAUUGUUGCGCAAGCUCCAGGUAGCAAAUUCAUCAGCACCUGGCUGGAUCGUCUCCACAGUGACAUUUAUGGCAAGCAAUCGGGCAGGCCGCUUCCUCUUGCUUGACAAUGCCGAUGUCAAAGCUGAAUUGUCUAAUGCUGAACGCGAUUCCGAAGACACAGUUGAGUCAGCGAAUGUUGCAGUAACAAAAAAACACGAUGACUCUUGGAGAAAACUUGCGAUUAUCGUCGAGUGGAUCGCUUUUUUCGCAACAACUUUCACAUAUUUUCUGCUACUUAUACUGCUUGUGCCUAAGUACGCAAACUCUUAGAACGAACUGUUGUGCAAUGUAUUCACUUUUUUCUUAAAAACGAUUUUUUUUUUGUAAAGAGUGAUUGACUUAAAUAAAUUAAUAUUUUUUUCUAUUAUAUUCAACGUUUUCUUUUAGACUAAAAGAGUUUAUAACAAUAAUUGCUGUAAACAAUCGAUUUAAAAACGUCUUAAAAUUAAAUUGACGCAUCUGUUUGUAUAUUCCAAAAAUUAUUAAUAAAUAUUGCUGCUAAUUGUACUGUACAGCCUUGACUUAUUUGAAAAUUUCGAUGCUCACUACUACGAAAUAAAGUUUUGAAAAAAUAGAAUAAGAUAUAUAAUAGAAGAUUAUUAUGAUGUUUGUAAUUAAAUGAGCUAUCAGCACCUCUAUUCAAAAAAAUAGACGUAGACAGGCAAAAAAAAACAAUUUUACAGAUGUAAUACCGUGAA